AUGCCUAUUGCUGCUUCUGCAGCCAAUGCCUCUAACCCUCCUCUUGAGCUGUCACUACCACCCAGUGUUACAGGCCCUGUUUAUGGUGUCCUAUCGCUGGAUCUACACGAGGUGAUAUUACAUGAGUUAACGCAACAAGUGGAUGGAGGGACGAAGGAUGAUCCUCCUGGUGCUGAUGACAAUACUGCUGCGAAGUUCCGUGUUGUCUGGUGGGGUGACCCAGCGGCAAAGCACGCCCUGAGCACACAGCCGUUAUUAACGCCUGCCAACACAGCAACGCCCUUCGAUAAGUCAAGUAUAGCUUACAACAUCCGCUGUACCCCGCCUAAAUUCCUAAAGUAUCUCAAUGAUGCUCGCUCAGUCUCCUUGCGAACGGUGGCCUCACCAGCAGAUCACAACCGAGCAGUUGAAACCUGCAAACUUCCCCUCCAGCCGGCUGUAGCAGAAGCAAGAGCGGGCGGGACUAUGGCAGUGCGGAUUGAGGGGUGCUUCCCCCUCCAUACUUCUCAUGGAGAGGGUAGUACUCGAAAGCUACGCGUGAAGUUGAGCGUGCUGUGGAAGACCAGUGCACCGCAUCAGUUCCCCGUCAUCAUUCGUCCGCCACCAUCCACAGGUGAAUCAGCGGCCUGUACGGCCAAUAAGCAAUAUCCCACCACAACAUAUCGUCCACCUCCCCCUGUGAUGGAGCUCUCGGCACCGUCCCCGACCUAUCCCUUUGGGCCGACUCCAUCGCCCUAUUCAAGGUUCAUCUCCCCAGCAGCUACAGUAGAUGGGCCCACUCCAUCCACUAAUAAUGGACCUUAUGAUGGAUCAAUGCUCUCUCGACAGAGUGAGCCACCCCACCUCUGCUCAUUCAGACUGAACCUCGCUUAUCUAGAUUCAGGAGCGAGCCUACCAGAUCCAUCACAGAUAGGGCAUCCAGCUCAUCAGCCCUCUCCACAAAGGGCAUCUAGACCUCCUGCUGCUGCUGUUCCAAAUGCCCCGGUCUCUCGUACCAAGACCAGCGACAACGACAAACCGGACACUUGCCUAUCUACAGCUCUGCAACUGGCCGCAGUCUACUCUGAGCCUUUUGGGUUCCUACCAUCCUCUUCUGGAAUUCGUCCAUCCGACCGUCAUUGGGCUGACCUCCUCGCUGCGGACCCCAUGUUUGAGGGAGCACGCAGUGGGGCAUCGGCAGAGAUCGAUACAGCAGGGAAAUAUGAUAGUCGUUGGAAGCAGCAACAGCACCCGCAGGAGUAUCGCCCAGACACUCCGAAGGACACCGGAGGCUCGAAGCCUGGUCCCCCUGUUAACGGUUUGAAAGCCAGGUCGGCAAAGAAGAAGACCUCAUCAGGGCCGAUGGGUACUGUAGCAUCUAUCCCCACUAUCUCGGAUGAUGAUAUAUGGGUAUACAUGGCCGUGCAGUCUCUGACUCCAGCGGACGGAGGACCUCCUUUACCUAAGGACUUGAUUGUCCGAUUGAAAGGUGGUGGUGGUGAUAGUGAUGGUACAGCCACUCAAGAGUUACAUACAUCCCCUCGAGAUGGUUAUGGAUACUAUGGAGAUGCAGAGCUCUGUGACCUCGCUAUUAUCAGCAGCUCAUUGGUAGUGUCAGAGAAUAAACCAGAAUCGGGCGGUAUCGGUCAACAGCCUAAAGUACAGGCGGCAGUGGAGCUCUGGCAGGGCGAGUAUCAGCUGUACGGUGUUGGGCGUGUAUCUUUAGACCUAGGCCCCCGGGACUUGGCAGCAUUAUCCCAUAAUGCACUCGUCCGCAUGGAGGCUUUAGUGGACUGUGUAUCAGGAUGGAGUGGUGCAAUCUUGGCAACAUGUCAGCUGCUUGUUGAUAUAUCAACUAAUAGACGCCCUCUAGAAGGUGCUCUCUCCGCCAGACAGAAGCGAUGCCAAUCGAUCAAGAGGCGACAAGAUCGAGAGGAUCAGCCUCCUGCACACCACCACCAACCGGAUGUAGCUGCCGAUCCCGCUCCCAAGUCACUCGCCUCCUCCCUCAUCCGCUUGGAAGAUGGGCGUCCUCGCCCGGAGCCGCCCCCCGCACGGAUCAUGGAUUCGACUGUGCCGGAACACCAAAGUGGCAUCAAGUCGAAUGAGAUGAGCCAUCAUGAAGCAGGGGAUGAGGUUGUAGAGAUAGAAACGUCACCUCUUGAAGCAGACGCUCCGACUGCCUCUACCCACACUGAAGUUGCUUUUGAUAUCGAUUAUGACGGCAUGUCGACUAGCGAUACGCUUACUCUUGCGCGUGCCUUAAACCUCAUGGGUGAGAGAGUGAAACAUCUCACGAGUAGUGGAGCUCGAUACACGGAAGCCGCGGAUGGAGCUGAUGAGCUUCGGGCGCCUACUUCGCGGGAUGAAUCCCAGGAUACCGCAGCUAGUGCUUUCACAGAGGCGAGCUCUUCCCAGAACAAUCCUUGUGUUACACAGACUAUCCACAUCAAGCCCGGUGGAGGGUUAGAAGCGGAAACUCAAUCCAGUGAUCGUCGUGCUUCCAAUCGACAGGAACCGGAAGCCACUGUACAAAAUGCUGAUGUCAUCAGUGACGGCACCCCUGAUGGGGUCGGUGCGAGCGUCGAGUCAGCUAUAAUACGAGUGGGAGGAAUAGGGGUUGGGCCUGUCGUAGAUGAUGAGCCAUUCUCGGGGGAGAGGGAGUUCAUGUUACACCCCGGCUCGAAGGGUAAUGCUACUAAUAUUGACUAUAAACGUGUACCAUACGCCGGUAGCAUGCUCAUCUAUGCCAAGCUUCGUAACGUUACAAACCCAGAUGUUCAAACCUUGCUCCGUGUCCUCACCCUUAUGGACGAGAAAGUGAGGUACCUCGCUAAUAGAGACGAUACCGCGGAGGUCAUUGAUGGAGGGGAAGUGAGAUAA